AUGUCACUUAUUAUCAAUCAAAUUAUGCGACUUGGUUCUAUUAUUUUGGUAAUCCUGCAAUAUUCUACUGUCGAUGUUUUUCAUAUAGGAGUUUUUAAACUUGGCCAAAUUUUCGAAGAUUUUGGGUGCUUAUCGACUAAUGUCAUGUGCGGCACGAAUAUGGUAUUUUAUAAAAUUGAGGAAGACGAUACGUCACAAUUGUCUGGAAAAUGCUUGCAACGUUGCUCAUGUUUAGAUACAAAAUAUUUAGAAAUUAAUGGAAAAUGUGUCCAAAAAGAAUUACUAUACGAAUUGGUAAAUGAUUCCGAAUGUCGUUUGGUCGGUAGUAGCUGUGGAGAAAAUAUGGUGCUCCAAAUAUUUUCUAAAUUUAACGAAUCUUGCGUAGACAUAUGUGUUUGUGCAAAAAAUUUUAUGGAAAAUGAUAUAGGAUGCGUGCAAUGUGAUUGGGACGAAGAUAACCAUGACGAUAAUGAUGGUGAUAAUAAUGAUAAUAUUAGUUCAACGACCACUUCUUAUCCCUCCAUGCCACCCUAUAGAUUAGGUCAAAGAGUUUUUGAUGCAGUAUGUUCUUUACGCGACCAGAGUUGUGGCAACAAUAUGAUCUUCGAAACCAUCCGUUACUCAAAACAUGCAUUUUGCACUCAAAAAUGUGUAUGCGAUCGUAAUUCAGAAGAAAAAAAUGGAGAAUGUGUCAUUACAAAUAAUUCAGAAUGUGCUAAAAAUCGAAAGAAAACAUUGGAGAAUAGGAAUAAAGUGGAAAUAAGAUAUAUUCGAGCUGGAAAAAGCAGGCUGAACGAAAUAUUUCACGAAAUAGAAUGCAUGCUAGAAAGGCAUUCUUGUGGACCAAAUAUGGAACUGGUUGCAAUAGGCCUUUCACCUGGAAACAAGGAUUCGAAAUGUAUUAUGCAAUGCCAAUGUGCUUAUGGAUUUAUCGAAGCAAACGGUCGAUGCUCUAAGAUAAUCAAAAAUAUCGAUAAAAGAAUUAAUUGCAUGCGAGGAAAAUGCAUUCUUAAUGAAGUAGUUCAAGACGUCAGUUGCUCAUUAAAAGGCCAAUUCUGUGGACGAAACAUGAGAUUCGUUCUAAUCAAACAAUCCGUGGUUCGUCAACAUUACAUUUCGAUUGGGAAUUGUGUUGUGCAAUGCAAAUGUGAUAAGGAAUAUAUUGAAAGAAAUGGCAAAUGCAUUAGAGAACAAGGAAAAACGACCAAAACGAAAAAUAUUUGUUUAUUGGAAAACGGUUGUGAAACUGGGAUGACAGUUCAUGAUGAAGGAUGCCAUUUGACUGGAAAAAAAUGCGGAAAUAAUAUGAUAUUCAAGGUGGUCAAUAGUACAGUUCGUAAUGAAACAUAUUCGAUUUAUUGCACACAGCGAUGUAGUUGCAUAAAUUCUAAUUUCAUAUAUUCUGAAAGAAAUUCUGGCUGCGAACAGCAAAGUACCACAGUUUCUUCACCGACUACGACUUCGCAUAACAUUAUUACUGUUGGAAUGCACGAUUUUGAGAUGUAUAUAGGAAAAGAAUAUAAUAUUGGCGAAGAAAUUUCUGAUCUCGGUUGUCGUUUAAGAAAUCGCCUAUGCGGAAUCAAUAAGAAAUUCAUUGUUGUUGGAGAAUAUGCUGCUGAACACGAUCCAACUAUUAGAGGAUGUAUCGAGCGGUGUAGUUGCAUCAUGGCGGGACCUGGUGGUUGCAUGCAAAAUUUCUAA